AUGAGCUCCCAAAUUCCGGGAGAAGCAGAAUGGACUGCGCGGAGUGUACGGGAUGCGUUCAUCAAAUAUUUCAAGGAAAAUGGCCACACCUUUGUUGCCUCGUCGCCAGUUGUUCCGCUGUCCGAUCCCACUCUGCUGUUUACCAAUGCAGGAAUGAACCAAUUCAAAUCAAUCUUUCUAGGCACCGUGGACCCGAACUCGGACUUUGCGACCUUAAAGAGUGCAUGUAUCCGGGCCGGCGGAAAGCAUAACGACCUAGACGAUGUCGGGAAAGAUAGUUAUCACCAUACUUUCUUCGAAAUGCUCGGCAACUGGAGCUUUGGUGACUAUUUCAAACAAGAAGCAAUCCAGUAUUCCUGGGAGCUUUUGACUAAAGUCUACCACCUGGAUCCUGAACGUCUUUAUGUGACCUAUUUCGAAGGGUGCAAGGAUGGCGGACUUGAACCAGACUUGGAAGCUAAAGCCCUCUGGAGAUCUGUCGGCGUUCCCGAAGAUCACAUUCUCCCUGGAAACAUGAAGGAUAACUUUUGGGAAAUGGGUGACCAAGGCCCCUGCGGACCUUGCAGUGAAGUACACUUUGACAGGAUUGGUGGUCGUAACGCUGCCCAUCUUGUUAACGAAGAUGACCCCAACGUCAUUGAAAUUUGGAACAAUGUCUUCAUUCAGUACAACCGCGAAAGUGACCGCUCUUUGAAGCCUCUCCCGAACAAGCACGUUGAUACCGGACUGGGAUAUGAACGGCUCGUCUCAAUCUUGCAAAACAAAUCAUCAAACUACGACACCGAUGUGUUUACGCCCCUGUUCCAGGUCAUCAAGGAAAUAACGGGAGCCCCGGAAUACCGAGGGCGGUUUGGUGCCGAAGAUUCUGAUGGAAUCGAUACCGCAUAUCGCGUUGUGGCGGACCAUGUCCGUACCUUGACAUUCGCUAUAUCUGAUGGCGUAACCCCAAACAAUGAAGGUCGUGGUUAUGUCAUUCGUCGAGUUCUUCGCAGAGGCGCCCGUUUUGCUCGAAAGUACUUCGGAGUUGAGAUUGGUAACUUUUUUUCCAAAAUCGUCCCCACUGUUGUUGACCAGCUCGGUGAUAUGUUCCCGGAGUUGAGAACAAAGCAACACGAUGUCAUGGAAAUUCUUGACGAGGAAGAGAUAUCCUUUUCUAAAACCUUGGAUCGUGGGGAGCGACAAUUCGAGAAUUAUGCCAAUCAAGCCAAGACCAAAGGGGUUCGCAAACUCCACGGUGCUGAUGUUUGGAGGCUGUAUGACACUUUUGGAUUCCCAGUUGAUUUGACUCGCCUCAUGGCAGAAGAACGUGGAUUAGACAUUGAUGAUGGGGAAUUCGAGGAGGCUCGCUCGAGAGCUAAAGAGGCUAGCAAAGGCCAGAAGAAGACCGCUGCAGACACCGUGAAACUUGAUGUCCACGACCUUGGGAAGCUGGAAAGCAUGCAGGAUGUUCUGAAGACCAACGAUGCCGCGAAAUUCGAUAAGGGCAAUAUUAAUGCCCAGAUCAAGGCAAUUUACCAUGCCAAAUCGUUUCAUUCAUCCACCGAGAGCGUCCCCGAUGGGGACCAACUUGGGAUUAUCCUUGAUCGCACAAAUUUCUAUGCUGAGCAAGGUGGUCAGGAAAACGACACCGGCAGAAUCGUCAUUGACGGACAAGCUGAAUUAGAGGUUGGUGAUGUUCAACUUUAUGGCGGAUAUGUUCUUCAUACUGGUUUUAUCAAAUAUGGCUCUUUCGCUGUUGGCGAUUCCGUUCUUUGUGAGUAUGAUGAACUUCGCCGGUGGCCAAUCAGAAACAACCAUACCGGAACGCAUAUUUUGAACUUUGCACUAAAGGAAGUCCUCGGUGAUGGCAUCGAACAGAGAGGUUCUCUUGUUGCUGCCGAAAAACUUCGAUUUGACUUCUCCUACAAGUCUGCUGUUACAGAAAAGGAGCUGGAGAAGAUUGAGGAACUUUCUACGGAAUACAUCAGGCAAAACUGUGCAGUUUAUUCACAAGAAAUUCCUCUUGCCACCGCACGCCAAAUCUCGGGAGUCAGGGCUGUUUUUGGUGAAACCUACCCUGAUCCGGUUCGUGUUGUUUCAGUUGGGGUUGAAUUAGACGAGAUACUAAAGCAAGUGGACGACCCUCGCUGGGAAAAGGUCAGCAUUGAGUUUUGUGGCGGCACACAUGUACUCAAAACAGGGGACAUAAAAGACCUUAUCAUCUUGGAGGAAAGUGGCAUCGCGAAAGGCAUCCGCAGGAUCAUUGCGGUGACGGGCGAAGAUGCUCAUCACGUCCAGCGUGUUGCCAGCGAUUUCGAAAAGCGUCUGGACCAUCUGCAAUCGAUGGCUCUAAGCCCAGCGAAAGAGCAGGAGGCUAAGCAGAUACAAGUGGACCUAAACCAGCUACUUAUUUCUGCUGUGCAGAAGACGAAGUUCCGGGAGCGGUUUACGAGUAUUAAUAAACAGAUUAUUGAUUCACAGAAGGCACAACAGAAGUUGGAGUCGAAGAAGGCCGUUGAGACGAUCACCGCCUUUUUCCAAGCCCCAGAGAAUCAGGAUAAGUCAUGGCUUGUCACCGGACUUCCCAUUUCUGCUAAUGCCAAGGCCGUCAGUGAAUCUCUGAACCAUGUUAAGUCGAAAUUGAAGGACAAGACUGUGUAUGUGCUGGCCGCGGAUGGAAGUCAGGGUCGUGUCGCUCAUGGCUGCUAUGUCUCGAAGCCAAUGGAUGACCAGGGUGCUUCUGCCAGUGAGUGGGCCAGUAUUGUUGCCGGUGUGGUGGGUGGUAAGGCCGGAGGAAAAGGCUCUACUUCAAUCGGCAACGGCCUUCACCCCGACAAGGUUGACGAGGCCAUAAACCUGGCCUCCGACUACCUUCGAAAGUUUAAGCUGUAG